GAUACAGGAUUUACGUGCGGCUUUAAUUUAAGGAUUCGGACUCACGCACACUAAUGCGGCUCGUGUCAUUGUCGCGACACUCACACGCGGCGCAGAGGCUUCGCCGCCGAAAACACCUACACGCGAACACACCUAUAUGCCAAAUAUGUUGCGGUAUUCGACGUUAACGUAAGAGGUAAUAUAAGAGGCGCAUCUUCGAGUUUGCACAAUUUAGUUUGAAAAGCCGGCCGCUUGAGAGCGGGUCUUGAGCGAAUUAGUCGUGCUAAGCCGGCGCGUGGAGGCUUUGUAUUGUGGGGCGGGACUCGCCGGGACUGCAGAGGCCUAAAGGGCCGAACCCAGGCCAUGGGGCCGGGACCGAUCAUUUAUUUAUUGGCAUCGUUAGCUUUAGUACUAGCUAGCGAGCAAGCUGCAAGUGAAACUAAUACGAACAGUACGAAAACGUCGGCAUCAGUUGGGCGAAAUGGCCGGCAGUACUACGGCCCCGUCGACCAGGGCAACAACGAGGUAGUCGUCGACAUCGAGGACGACGAGAAGACGCAGUACUAUGAAACCAAUUAUGAUACUAACGCAUACGGUUUCGGCUACGACGUGGGCCCGAACGGCCAGUUCCACCACGAGAACCGCGGCCCAGACGGCGUCACGUACGGCUGCUACGGCUACGUGGACCCAGACGGAGUGUUGCGCGCCACGCACUACGUCGCCGACAGCCAUGGCUACCGCGUCAUCGAGCCCGAGAAACCUGUCGAGGUGUUCCCGGACGAGAAACACGAGUAUGACGAAAACUCCGUGGACAACAAACCGAUCAAAGGCCAGAUAAUUCCGUACGACAAGUUGUACUUCCCGAAGGGAUGCGGCCGCACGCCCGGCGGUGUUCCGGCCAAGCCGAUACCGGUGCCCCCUCGCCCUCCGAAGCCGCCCACCGACAGCACUGGUGGGGCCAGCCACCCUAUACCCUCUAGACCUGGUAGUCCAGGUGGACCGGGGGGUCCAGGAGGCCCGGGUGGACCAGGUGGUCCUAAUGGCCCUGGUGGACCUGGUGGCCCUAAUGGCCCUGGUGGACCAGGUGGCCCUAAUGGUCCAGGUGGACCAGGUGGACCGGGUGGCCCAAAUGGACCCAAUGGACCAGGUGGAUCUCCGGGCACCCCAGGAGGACCGGGUGGACCAGGUGGACCUGGAGGCCCAGGUGGCUCUAAUGGACCCAAUGGACCAGGCGGAAGCGGAUAUUACCCCGGACAACCAGGAAAACCCGGCACCCCUGGCACACCAGGGUCACCGGGCACCCCAGGAGGACCGGGCACGCCAGGAUCACCGGGCACCCCAGGAGGACCGGGUGGACCAGGUGGACCUGGAGGCCCAGGUGGCCCCAAUGGACCCAAUGGACAAGGUGGAAGCGGAUACUACCCCGGACAACCAGGACAACCCGGCACUCCAGGCACGCCAGGAUCACCGGGCACCCCAGGAGGACCGGGUGGACCAGGUGGACCUGGAGGCCCAGGUGGCCCUAAUGGACCUAAUGGACCAGGCGGAAGCGGAUACUACCCCGGACAACCAGGACAACCCGGCACUCCAGGCACGCCAGGAUCACCGGGCACCCCAGGAGGACCGGGUGGACCAGGAGGACCGGGCGGACCAGGAGGUCCAGGAGGCCCAGGUGGCCCUAAUGGACCGUAUAGACCAGGCGGAAGCGGAUACUAUCCCGGACAACCCGGACAACCCGGCACUCCAGGCACGCCAGGAUCUCCGGGCACCCCAGGCGGACCUGGAUACCCCGGUCAGCCAGGACAAACGGGACAGCCAGGAUACCCAGGACAACCCGGACAACCCAGUAAACCUGGUCAACCAGGAUACCCAGGACAGCCCGGACAACCAGGAUACCCGGGGCAACCCGGCCAACCUGGUAAACCAGGACAACCAGGACACCCAGGACAGCCUGGACAACCAGGAUACCCAGGACAGCCUGGACAACCGGGACACCCAGGACAGCCAGGACAACCAGGAUAUCCGGGGCAACCCGGCCAACCUGGUAAACCAGGACAACCAGGACACCCAGGAGAGCCUGGACAACCAGGACACCCAGGACAGCCUGGACAAUCAGGAUACCCAGGACAGCCUGGACAACCGGGAUACCCAGGACAGCCUGGACAACCAGGAUACCCAGGACAGCCUGGACAACCGGGACACCCAGGACAGCCAGGACAACCAGGAUACCCAGGACAACCUGGACAACCAGGAUACCCAGGACAGCCUGGACAACCAGGAUACCCAGGACAGCCUGAACAACCAGGAUACCCAGGACAGCCUGGACAACCAGGAUACCCAGGACAGCCUGGACAACCGGGAUACCCAGGACAGCCUGGACAACCAGGAUACCCAGGACAGCCUGGACAACCGGGACAGCCAGGACAACCAGGAUACCCAGGACAGCCUGGACAACCAGGAUACCCAGGACAGCCUGGACAACCAGGAUACCCAGGACAGCCAGGACAACCAGGAUACCCAGGACAGCCAGGACAACCAGGAUACCCAGGCCAACCAGGGCAACCUGGUUACCCUGGACAACCCGGCCAACCUGGUAAACCAGGGCAACCAGGAUACCCAGGACAGCCCGGACAACCAGGAUACCCCGGACAACCCGGACAACCAGGAUACCCAGGACAACCUGGACAGCCAGGAUAUCCCGGACAGCCAGGACAGCCAGGAUACCCAGGACAACCUGGACAGCCAGGAUAUCCCGGACAGCCAGGACAGCCAGGAUACCCAGGACAACCCGGACAACCAGGAUACCCAGGACAACCCGGACAGCCAGGAUACCCAGGACAACCAGGAUAUCCAGGACAGCCAGGACAGCCGGGACAACCUGGAAAGCCAGGACAGCCGGGACAACCUGGAAAGCCGGGACAACCAGGCCAGUCUGGACAACCCGGAGGACCCGGUCAGCCAGGUCAACCCGGACAACCAGGAUACCCAGGACAACCUGGAGGACCAAGCCAACCUGGAAAACCCGGACAACCAGGACAGCCUGGAACACCCGGACAACCAGGACAGCCCGGAGGACCUGGCCAACCUGGUAAACCAGGACACCCAGGGCAACCAGGACAGCCAGGAUACCCAGGACAACCUGGAGGACCAAGCCAACCUGGAAAACCCGGACAACCAGGACAGCCUGGAACACCCGGACAACCAGGAAAACCAGGUAAACCUGGUACGCCUGGUCAACCCGGACAGCCAGGUCAACCCGGUUAUCCUGGAAAACCAGGACAGCCCGGACAACCAGGACAGCCCGGAUACCCAGGACAACCAGGAGGACCUGGAUACCCAGGACAACCCGGCCAGCCUGGUCAACCUGGACACCCAGGACAACCCGGACAGCCAGGAGGCUCCGGUCAACCAGGAUACCCAGCACAACCUGGACAGACAGGAGGCCCCGGUCAACCAGGAUACCCAGGACAACCAGGACAACCCGGUCAACCCGGUCAACCUGGAACCCCAGGACAACCUGGUCAACCCGGAGGUCCCGGACAACCCGGUCAGCCAGGAGGGCCCGGACAACCAGGAUACCCAGGACAACCCGGACAACCUGGACAGCCAGGAGGCCCAGGAUACCCAGGACAACCCGGCCAGCCUGGUCAACCUGGAUACCCAGGACAACCCGGUCAGCCAGGAGGUCCCGGACAACCAGGAUACCCAGGACAACCUGGUCAACCUGGACACCCAGGACAACCCGGACAGCCAGGAGGCACCGGUCAGCCAGGAUACCCAGGACAGCCAGGAGGCCCCGGUCAACCAGGAUACCCAGGACAACCAGGACAACCCGGACAACCCGGACAACCUGGACAGCCAGGAUAUCCAAACCAACCCGGCCAGCCAGGAGGCCCAGGAUACCCAGGACAACCCGGCCAGCCUGGUCAACCUGGACAUCCAGGAGGCCCCGGUCAACCAGGAUACCCAGGACAACCCGGACAACCCGGACAACCUGGACAGCCAGGACAUCCAGGUCAACCCGGUCAGCCAGGAAGCCCCGGUCAACCAGGAUACCCAGGACAAUCAGGACAACCUGGACAACCAGGACAGCCAGGAGGCCCAGGACAACCCGGCCAGCCUGGUCAACCUGGACACCCAGGAUACCCAGGACAACCUGGACAACCAGGACAUCCAGGUCAACCUGGACAGCCAGGAGGCCCCGGUCAGCCAGGAUACCCAGGACAACCCGGACAACCUGGACAGCCAGGACAUCCAGGUCAACCCGGUCAGCCAGGAGGCCCCGGUCAACCAGGAUACCCAGGACAACCUGGACAACCAGGACAUCCAGGUCAACCUGGACAGCCAGGAGGCCCCGGUCAGCCAGGAUACCCAGGAAAACCCGGACAACCUGGACAUCCAGGUCAACCCGGACAGCCAGGAGGCCCCGGACAACCAGGAUACCCAGGACAACCCGGACAACCUGGACAGCCAGGACACCCAGGACAACCCGGACAGCCGGGAGGCCCCGGUCAACCAGGACACCCAGGACAACCUGGACAGCCUGGACAUCCAGGUCAACCCGGACAGCCAGGAGGUCCCGGUCAACCAGGAUACCCAGGACAACCCGGACAACCUGGACAGCCAGGACAUCCAGGUCAACCCGGUCAGCCAGGAGGCCCCGGUCAACCAGGAUACCCAGGACAACCCGGACAACCUGGACAGGCUGGACAUCCAGGUCAACCCGGUCAGCCAGGAGGCCCUGGGCAACCAGGACAACCAGGACACCCCGGACAGCCUGGUCAGCCAGGUGGUCCCGGUGAACAUGGGCAACCUGGACAACCAGGACAGCCCGGUCAACCUGGCCAACCUGGCGGCGAGGGUCAACCUGGAUACCCAGAUUCAGUUGGUCAACCUACCGGCACUGGAGUACAACCUCCAUCACAGCCUCCACCGGGCGCCCAAAUGCCGCCAUUCCCGAUCUACGUCAUACCUUACCCGCUGCCCAUCGUCCCGAGCCCUGGACAGUGCCCGUGCUAUCUAGUUAACCCCGGCAAUGACUCUACUGCGGUCUCUCAACCUCAACCUCAGCAACCUCAACAACCUAGCAACCAAGGCGGCUACUACGCUCCUUAUGGAAUUAUCGGUUUCGUUCCCGUCGUAUUCGUACCAUACUGCCCAGGAAAUAAUACAGAUAUGAGUUCCGCUCAGCAAAACUUCCCUAACGCUGUACCCGUCCCGUACAACUGCGGACAGUGCCAGGCCAACCAAAACCUUUACCGCUACUUUGGCAGACUCGGGGGAGCGCGGAGUACGACAGACUUUAAGGAAAUCAAAUCCCUUGCGGAGCUAGAACACCUUAUUAAAAAGCAGAUUAAACCGAUGAAGAAAAGCCUGCCGAUGAUAGCUGCUCAUCCGAAGAUUCUAGAAGAAUCGACGAAUUAAAAGUCAUAGAUAUGUUUUGACGAUGCAAUAAGUAUUGGCUCUUCUCACUACAAUGCACUAUUAUUAUAAUAAUAAGUCGAACGAAAAGGAUGAAGUGAGACGAUAAAAUUUUGAGAUUGUCCGACAUUAGUUCUUGGACGCUCUCAAGAUUUAUAAAGAAUACUUACGAUUGAUAGUUAUUGCGAAUUUUGUCAUAGAUUUAUUUAUUUAUUAUAUUAAUAUCAUCCUCGAUUGUCGAGAAACGAGACGCGCAUUUGUAUGUAAUAUUUACAAAAUAUAAUUUUCUCAUUAUAAAUUUAAUAUUUUUGUAAAAAUAUUUGAUUUAGUAAAAUGAAAUUGCGCUGCCAUUUAGAUUAAUCGUGUUUUAAGAAAAGAUUAAUAAAUGUCCUAUUAUUAUAUAA